GUAUGUUUUGCUAUCAAUGAGCUUAUAAUUUUGUACUUUUUUCAGAUAGUGAAUAAUAUUAAAUAGAAUCAUUAUGUCAACUUUGGAACAAGAUCCCACCUUACAGGAUGAUGAUCCAGCCAUGAGAGAUGUCCUGACCGCAUCGUCUGAGGAUGUCUCAUCCCGUACAAGGCUUCUGGAAAAUGAAAUCAGGAUCAUGCGACUUGAAGUCACUCGGAUAACCCAUGAGAUUCACACACAAAAGGAGAAAAUAAAAGAGAAUGCAGAGAAAAUAAAAGUUAACAAAACUUUACCGUACUUGGUGUCCAAUGUUAUAGAGAUAUUGGAUGUUGAUCCCACUGAGUAUGGCGAGGAAGAUGGUGCCAAUGUGGACCUGGACUCGCAACGUAAGGGCAAGUGUGCAGUCAUUAAGACGUCUACACGACAAACUUAUUUCCUGCCGGUCAUUGGCCUGGUGGACGCUGAGCAGCUGAAGCCUGGUGAUCUGGUGGGAGUUAAUAAAGAUUCAUACCUCAUCUUGGAGCCCCUGCCUGCUGAAUAUGACUCCAGAGUGAAGGCAAUGGAGGUGGACGAGCGUCCCACGGAGCAGUACAGCGACAUUGGGGGGCUGGACAAGCAGAUCCAGGAGCUCAUCGAGGCCGUCGUGCUGCCUGUCACUCACAAGGAGAGAUUUGAGAACCUGGGCAUUCAGCCGCCCAAAGGCGUCUUGUUGUACGGAGCGCCGGGGACGGGCAAGACUCUUCUGGCGCGCGCCUGCGCCGCGCAGACCAAGUCCACAUUCCUGAAGCUGGCGGGGCCACAACUCGUGCAGAUGUUCAUUGGUGACGGCGCCAAGCUCGUGCGCGACGCCUUCGCACUUGCCAAGGAGAAAGCGCCUGCCAUCAUCUUCAUUGAUGAGCUCGACGCCAUUGGCACAAAGCGCUUUGAUAGCGAGAAGGCGGGUGAUCGCGAGGUGCAGCGAACGAUGCUGGAGCUGCUCAACCAACUUGAUGGCUUCUCCUCCACUUCUGAUAUUAAAGUGAUAGCAGCGACCAACCGCGUAGACAUCCUGGACCCCGCUCUGCUGCGGUCCGGUCGGCUGGACCGCAAGAUCGAAUUCCCGCACCCCAACGAAGAGGCCCGGGCCCGCAUCAUGCAGAUACACUCGCGCAAGAUGAACAUCUCUUCUUGUGUCAACUUCGACGAGCUCGCCAGGUCUACGGACGACUUCAACGGCGCCCAGUGCAAGGCCGUCUGUGUUGAGGCCGGCAUGAUCGCACUCAGACGCCAGGCCCGCACGGUCACACACGAGGACUUCAUGGACGCCAUCAUGGAGGUGCAGGCCAAGAAGAAGACCAACUUAUAUUACUACGCUUAACAUCAACUUAUAUUACUAUUCUUAAGAUCUCCGCUCACCACGUCCAGGAAUCUAUUUAAUACGAAUCAAAGCUUCAUUUUUACCCCAGGAUAAAUUAGAAAUUCAUUAAGCGAUCUAAUUGAAAUAGCGGUGAAGAUCAUUGAACGAAUUUGACUGUUCCUCUCAUCAUUGUAAGUUGAUGUUAUUUUCCCCAACCCAAAACUUAUGGUCAAAAGGCAUUUCUCGUAAACAACAUUGAUUUUGAUGAUUACUUUUUAGUCAUGAAUUCUUGUUACGAUGUUACGUUCCUGGGAUGACGAUGCGUAUGCAGCGCCUAAUUUAUAUCAAAAUAAACGCAAUAUGCCUCA